CGCGCGCUGUCAGAGGAGACGGACUGACAGAGGUUUCCGUCUCAGGGCUGCGGGAAACUACCCUGCGAAAGAGAGAGAGAGAGCGAGAGAGAGAGAGAGAGAGAGGAAAUCAUUCUGGACGGCAGAGCCUAGAAGGACUCACUGAAGAGGGGGUCGGUUGGUCGGGACGCUGUACUGGAAGUGGCAGGCGGGCUGUUUGGUUACUGAGACCCUUUUUCUGCAGUCUAGAAUCGAGUAAAAGGCCUCUGGAGAUGGGCGACAAGGCGGGGACCAGAGUCUUCAAGAAGUCCAGCCCCAACUGCAAGCUCACGGUAUAUUUGGGGAAGAGGGACUUUGUGGAUCAUCUAGAUCAUGUGGACCCAGUUGAUGGAGUUCUUUUGAUUGAUCCAGAAUAUCUUAAAGACAGAAAAGUGUUUGUGACCCUGACGUGUGCCUUCCGUUAUGGCCGUGAGGACCUGGACGUGCUGGGCCUGUCAUUCAGGAAGGAUCUGUACAUCUCCACCUUCCAGGCUUUCCCCCCACUGCCUGAGGAGCACAAACCACUCAGCCGCCUCCAGGAGCGACUGCUGAAAAAGCUCGGGCAGCACGCACACCCAUUCAACUUCACUAUUCCUCAGAAUCUCCCCUGCUCAGUCACUUUACAGCCAGGACCAGAGGACACAGGCAAGGCAUGUGGUGUGGACUUUGAGAUCAGAGCUUUUUGUGCAAAAUCUGUGGAGGAAAAGAUUCACAAAAGGAACUCAGUGAGGCUGGUAAUUCGUAAAGUUCAGUAUGCUCCAGAGAAACCCGGACCACAGCCCAUGGUGGAGACCACGCGCAGCUUUCUCAUGUCGGACCGCUCCCUACACUUGGAGGCCUCGCUCGACAAAGAGCUCUAUUAUCACGGAGAACCCAUCAGUGUCAAUGUUCACGUCACCAACAACUCCACCAAGACGGUCAAGCGAGUGAAAAUCUCAGUGCGGCAGUAUGCUGAUAUCUGUCUGUUCAGUACCGCACAGUACAAAUGCCCCGUGGCUCAGGUAGAGGCAGAUGAUCAGGUGUCACCCAGCUCAACAUUCUGUAAGGUGUACACACUCACCCCAACACUGAACAACAACAGAGAGAAGCGAGGUUUGGCCCUGGAUGGCAAGCUGAAGCAUGAGGAUACUAACUUGGCCUCCAGCACCAUUGUCAAGGAUGUGUCCAAUAAAGAGGUUCUGGGCAUCUUGGUUUCCUAUAGAGUCAAAGUUAAGCUGGUGGUGUCUCGUGGAGGCGAUGUGUCAGUGGAGCUUCCUUUUGUCCUGAUGCACCCCAAGCCCUCUGAGCAGCCCAGUUCAAGACCACAGUCAGUUGUGCCAGAGACGGACGCCCCGGUCGACACCAACCUGAUAGAGUUUGAGACAAAUAAUUUUUCUCAGGAUGACGACUUUGUGUUUGAGGACUUUGCACGGCUGAGGCUGAAGGGGAUGAAGGACGAUGAGGACGACCACUUCUGCUAGCCCUUCUUCCCCAUCCCCAUCCCCACAGCCGGUCACAGGAGUGUGGGGCUAGAGCUGGAAUGGAGGGGCUCCACACGUCAGUACUGCUACCCCAACAUCCCACUGGGCCAAUCUGACAGAGUGGGAUACUCACUGAGUUUUUACACCCUCACUUGUUUUCUCUCUCUCUUCUUUUUUUCUUUCUCUUGCCCGUCCUCUGCUCCCCCAUCCCAUUUGCAUCUGUGAUGCUGUUGUCUAUUGACUUUUUCUCUCUUUUUUUUGUGAGCUACUUUGUUUUAGUGCAUGUGAAGAGAGAAAAUGAAGCCGAGUGAGGGAAGGUGUUGAAGUUAAAUGGGUUGUCUGACCAUCAUGGUCUAGGAAAAUGGACAGAGGGUCCAUUAAUUCAGGGGUGAUUUUUUUUUCUUUUUAAUUUUUGUUUUCUAUUUUUUUUCUUCUUUUUUCUUCAUUUCUUUCCCACUAUAAAUGGGGUGGGCAUUAAUAGCUUUGUAAUUAUUGUAACAUAACAUUUCUGUCACACAAGAACCUUGUAUCCCCAUUUUUGUCCUUCAAAAUUUUAAAUGGGCAGCUCUUCUUUGUGUUUGCAUUGUUUCAGAGAUUCACAAUGAAUGGACCAAUAGAAAUGCUCCAAAAUUACUUGGAGCAUUUUUUUUUUACAUUUACUUACAUGCAAAUGAAGAUGUUUAUAUUCUUCACUUGGAAAGUUGCCAUUUUCAGAUUUUUAUCUGAUGACAUUUUUAUGAAGGACAUAUUUGUAUUUGUAAGUAAUGCUGCACAGUAGAAAAGUGCACCACAACCCCUCCAUAGUCAGCUAAAUAUUUCUGAAGGUCUUUUAUAGUAAAGUAGGUGUUGUGAUUUGAUUACAGCAGUCUUACAUUUUCUUGCCUUCCAGACCUUAAUUUGAUAAAGACUUGACAUUUAGUUUUUUUAAUGCAUUUUUUUUACAUUUGAUUUAUAUGCAUUUUUUAUGGAUACUCCUGAUCAAGACUUUUCACUAUUUUGACAUGAUUCGACACUUAAACACUUAAAACUUAAAAUUACCUAAAAUUAAAUGUUUUCUCAUUUACCUUCAUUUUGUGUAAAGUAGCAAUUUUGGAAAUACAGGUUUUGUGUGUGACAGCUAUGAUAUGUAACAUGUUACUUACCAGAUACAGAUACAUAUAGGGAACUUGAGUUUAAGAUUAAUUUUUUUCUGUUGUCAAAUCCAGUGAAAGGCUUAUAGACCAUCACAGGACUUUGAUCCACCUCUUUUUUGUAUUUUUAUCUUACAGUAUAGUUAUGUACACAUGUAUACAUAUCGCAAGACUGUACGGACGGGUAUGACUAAUCAGUGCACUUAACAGAGCACUCAGCAGUCACGUUAAGUAAGGUGUGGCAUUGGUGAAUUGUAGUAGUUUGCAUUGGACCAUAAAACACCUGAUGUAUUAUUGUCAUGUAGAUACACCAUUCAUUUGACAUGUGUAUAGAAUGAGUGUUGUUAGUGAGGAUUGAAUGACUAGAGAUGGACACUGCCAGAUCUGUCUGCAGAUGCCUGUUGCUACUGUACAUGCUUCACAUAUAACUCACCAUUUGGAAGCGUGUUGGUGAAGAUUUCUUCAUUUCCAUUUCUUUUGCCAAAAACAAACAAACACUUUUGCUUGCUUAGUUGAAUUCACUGAACCGUUUAAGUUAAAUCAGCAGGAAAUAGAUGUUCAUUAACUGAAAGUCAGUUUCAGGUGUUUGUCGUAAUUUUCAAGAAAUUCCAAGAAAAAUCAAGCUUUUCAGUUUAAGCUGCUUUCCUUUUUUCCAUAUUUAUUAGUGCCAACCUCUCUAGUUAACCUCUGCAUAGUAGUGAAGGCCAGGUUUAGAUUAUACAGUUUAACUAACCUGUCUAAGGAAUAUUUAACCUACUGAAUCAGGUCUGUGUUAAAAGCACUUUUAUUUUUGUUGGGAGUCUGUAUCUGUCAUCCCAUGUUAGUACACAGUACAUAUUUGCUGAUAUGAAUUGGCGUUGCCUCUACUCCGCCCCCUUGUGUCAGUAAAAUGUGCUGUACUUAAGCCUGCCAUGUUUUUUUUUUGUUGUUAUUUUAUUUGAAUGCAAUAGGAAAACUUUUCUAUUGUUUGAAAAAUAUUUUUUUUUAUCAUUAUAUCUCAACCACUAUAAAUGAGCCACAGUAUAUUAAUGAUAACUUACAAUAACUGUAGACAGUAGACAAUAACCUUCAGCCUGGCUGUGAUAUACUAUAUUUAUAUACCCCAAAUCAUCUUUCCUCAACAUGGUCCCUCCUUUAUACACGCAAUGGCCCGGGGUGGGAUGGAUUCAAGACACUCCUGAGGAGCUACUUUGAUUGUUGAAUAUACCACUUGUAAUCAUUUUAUUCAUUUUAUUUUAUUGUAUUUCAUUUAUUAUAGUCACGCAAAGAAAAGUGUCAAAUAUUGCCAUUGUCUUAUAUUUUAGUUUUAAGUUUUAUUUUUGAUCAGAGUAUAUAAGUGAAAAGUUUAUGAAUGAACUAACCAGAAAUUCCAUGCUGUAUUCUGAUACACUGUAUAUUAUAUUAUCUUUAUUUUCGAAUAUUAUACAGCAGCUGUUGUCAAAUGUCUGAUGGUGUACAUGCAUUAAUACCAGCAACAAAACCCUCGAACUUAUGGACCAUGUGAAUUAAUAGUGGUUUAUACCUUCAGACCAGUUCUGCUGUCUGACGUAUUUGUUUUCUAAUUAGCCAUUAGGAAGAGAGUCAUCAACAUGUGACCAUAAAUAAUGAUUUGUAGUAAUGAUUUUCAGAUAGUUAUGUACAUUAUAUUAUAUUAUAAUACAACUAUUAUACUUCUAUUAGAAUAUUUUCACAGAUGUCUGACACCCUUUGGUUUAUGUAAGCAACCAACACAUCAUUCAUUGGGUUUGUGAAUAAUAUGGGCUGGGUUUUCCAGAAAACAUCUCAGCAGAAAGAUGACUCUUGAAUAGUAGAUUCUCUCUCUGUCUCUUCAGUAAAGAGAAUAGAAGGUUUGAGAGAAUUCUCAGCUACAUCUAACUAAUAGACAGGCUCUCAGCACAUUAUGUCCUCUAUUCCAUUUACAGUCAAAUAAACGAUCGGAUCACGUAAUGCAA